CACCGGGCUGUGUGGGGGGUGAGACGAGCUCCUCACUCUGCCAGCACAGCGGACCCGAUCUGAACGGAUCAGACAGGACUGAGUGGUACUGGACUGACCAAACAGAACUUGGCAGUCAGAGGCUGAUUUCUGUGGGAGAGCAGAACAUCAGAGGCAGCUAGUUUAGAAAGGAAGGCUGAGUGAGAAGCUGCUGAUUCUUUUCUGUCAAACGAAGAACUGAGGAGGUGACUGCAGGAUAGCGUGAUGGCAGGGCAGGGGCUCCCUGCCCCUCUCCCUCUUCUUCUCUUUCUUGUCCUGGUGGGAGUCCUUCCCGAGGCCCAGAGCUCUGGCUACCUGUCUGGAUAUCGCCUAAAGACUCGUUUGCAGAGGGACCGGCAUGUUCGCAACAUCCGACCCAACAUCAUUCUCAUUCUCACUGAUGAUCAGGACAUAGAACUGGGCUCAAUGCAGGCCAUGAACAAAACUCGGCACGUCAUGGAGAAGGGCGGUACACAUUUUUCAAACGCUUUCUCCACCACACCCAUGUGCUGCCCGUCGCGCUCCUCCAUCCUGACAGGGAAGUAUGUACACAACCACCACACCUACACCAACAACGAGAACUGCUCCUCACCAUCAUGGCAGGUCCACCACGAGCCGCACACCUUCGCUGUGCACCUCAACAACUCUGGCUACAGGACAGCCUUCUUUGGAAAGUAUCUGAAUGAGUACAAUGGCUCCUAUGUGCCCCCUGGAUGGAAGGAAUGGGUGGCAUUAGUGAAAAACUCUCGCUUCUACAACUACACCCUCUGCAGAAAUGGAGUACGAGAGAAACACAGCAGCGACUACCAAAAGGACUACCUGACAGACAUCAUUACCAACGACAGCAUCAACUACUUCCGUAUGUCUAAGAGGAUGUACCCUCACCGGCCUGUCAUGAUGGUCCUGAGCCAUGUUGCUCCACAUGGUCCAGAGGACUCAGCCCCGCAGUACAGCUCUGCCUUCCCCAACGCAUCACAGCACAUAACCCCCAGCUACAACUAUGCCCCAAAUCCAGACAAGCACUGGAUCCUACGCUACACUGGUCCCAUGAAGCCUGUCCACAUGCAGUUCACUAACAUGCUUCAGCGCAGGAGGAUGCAGACGUUGUUGUCUGUGGAUGACAGUGUGGAGAAGGUGUACAACAUGCUGGUGGAGACAGGUGAACUGGACAACACGUACCUCAUUUACACCUCAGACCACGGCUACCACAUUGGCCAGUUUGGCCUGGUGAAGGGCAAGUCAAUGCCCUAUGAAUUUGACAUCCGCGUACCCUUCUACGUACGAGGACCUAAUGUGGAGCAAGGCGCCACUAAUCCUCACAUUGUGCUGAACAUUGACCUGGCACCCACUCUGCUGGACAUGGCUGGUGUUGAUAUUCCUGCAGAAAUGGAUGGCAAGUCUAUUCUCAAGCUGCUGGACACAGACCGGCCAGUCAAUAGGUUCCAGUUGAACAGGAAGGGUAAAGCAUGGAGAGAUUCUUUCCUGGUGGAGAGAGGGAAGCCUCCGCACAAAAGAGCUGAUGGGAAGGAAAUGGCCCAAGAGGAGAACUUCCUGCCAAAAUACCAGAGAGUGAAGGACCUCUGCCAGAAAGCAGAGUACCAGACCUCCUGCCAGCAGCCAGGACAGAAGUGGCAGUGUGUGGAGGACCCAACUGGCAAGCUGAGGUUGUAUAAGUGCAAGGGCAUGGCAAGUCUCUUUGCCCCACGUAUGCAGGCUCUGAUGGCCAGUGGUGCCUCUCAGCUGUCUCUUACAUCCAACUCCGACAGCUGUAACUGCGAUGACGUGGGCUUCAACACAUCCAUCCUGAAGAGGAAGAGGCUGUUCACCAAAAAAAAUUCCUAUGUCUCGUCCUAUGCAGAGAUGAAAUCCAGUAAGGCUGCGGCUAGGAAGCGCUGGGCCCGCUCUGUGUCCUUUGAGCUGGAUGGAGACCUGUAUGCUGUAGAUCUAGAGGAGGGCUACCAGCCUCUGGGCAUGAGGAACAACAGCUGGACCAGAGAUGGGAGGAGAGGAGCAGGGGAUGAGGAAGACAAUGAAGAGUUCAGUGGCAUGGGAAUCACAGCCAAACCCACCACCAGCAACAAACUCACACCUCCUGCUGCUCUUAAAGUCACCUACAGGUGCUCCAUCCUCAUGAAUGACACAGUUAAGUGUGAUGGAGGCCUCUACAAGUCACUCCAAGCAUGGAAAGACCACAAACUGCACAUUGAACAUGAGAUUGAAACCUUGCAGACCAAAAUCAAGAACCUGCGUGAGGUUAAAGGUCACCUGAAAAAGGUGCGGCCAGAGGAAUGCCAGUGCAACACUCCCAGCUACCUCCUCAAGAAUAAGGACACUUUCCAGCUGAGUGCAGGACGAAUGCACUCACUCAGAAUGCCAUCCAAGCAGAAGACUCAGUGGCUGCAGAAGGAGCAGAAGCGAAGGAAGAAACUACGUAAAUUCCUCAAGAGGCUCCAGAACAACGACACCUGCAGCAUGCCGGGCCUUACGUGCUUCACCCAUGACAACCAUCACUGGCAGACCGCCCCCUUCUGGACAAUGGGUCCAUUCUGUGCAUGUACCAGUGCCAACAACAACACAUACUGGUGCCUCAGGACCAUCAAUGACACACACAACUUCCUGUUCUGUGAAUUUGCUACUGGUUUCCUGGAGUAUUUUGACCUCAACACUGACCCGUACCAGCUGAUAAAUGCUGUCAGCACCCUUGACCGCAAUGCUCUGAAUGCGAUGCAUCAACAGCUCAUGGACUUACGGGGCUGCAAGGGACAUAAGCAAUGCAACCCGGAAAAGGGAGGCAAGGAGCGAAACUACUUCAGUGAAUACAGGCCAGUUCAUCGUCGAAAGAGGCCAAAAGUGAAGAAGCCCUCCUCCAAAUCGCUAGGGCAGAUUUGGGAAGGGUGGGUUGGUUAACCACCCGCAUCCCACGACCAACCACAUCGGCCUUCUCCAGUGAAGGAAGGAGAAUGGGGAGGGCAGGCAAACCCGAGGACCUUGACCACACUUCGAUGGACCAUAACCUGAGAUACUACUCUUCUCUUUUCUGGGUUUAAUUUUCGAGAGAGCUGCUCUUCGUAGCCCUCGCCCAGGUAGAGGAGACAUUAAGGCUGAGAGGAAGCUUAAAGACAAUUAUCUACUUUGAAACAUAUUUCAUACCGAUUUCCAUCUUCUGUUACCCCCAGCUGUCAGGGCUGGCAACAUCAGUAGGAUGCUCUAAACCAAGUGGGGCGGUUUGGUGUUCACAAACCAUUCAGUCUAGCAGUAAAGCUUGUAGAUAAUAUUCAAUAUGUCAGCUUUAAUCAGCUUUCUUUCAUGUCAUACGGGACCCAGUGGAAACAACGUCAACUCUGCUGCUACACAACGAUGUCAUGUCCUCAUGAUGUCUCUGUGGCACAUGCUGAUUAACUCAAUAAUUAGCUCGCUGGGAGUAACAACAAAACCUAUCUUCUUUAUCUGCACCAACGUGUCUGCACAUGGACGUGGAGUUUUUAACGACCAACUGUAUCAGAGUUUUCGCCAUAAUCUUUUGUAUUAUAGUUGAUCUUAACACUGAUGAAUGUCCUUUAUGAAGCGCCAUCUUCCUCACAGCCGUGAGACGUGUGAGAUGAACAGCGUUUGCCUGCAACGAUUCAACCCCACACACAGACCUUAGCGCAGGUUCUUCAUGACGCUGACCAGGCCGACACUAUCUCACAACGAUACAAUCCUCCAGAAUAUCUGAGCAUUGACUGAAUGUGUCAUUAGUGAAUGCCAUUUUACUCCUUUGUAUUGUCAGUACCACACUGUAGAAGUAUCCAAAUAGUUUGUUCAGCUUGCUAUACAUGGUGCUACAGGAUAACAAUACAGAAGUAAAAUCUUGCUGUACAGUACAGUAUGUAUUUGAAUGUAUGUUGUGCAAUUAAUAUAAAUGUUUACAAUAUUUUUUAUAAUACUGAAGAGGCAGACCUCAUUGUAUGAUAUGAGUCGACAAAAUAUAGGGAGAAGUGUAGCUUGAAAAAUUUCAUUGCCCGCGGUUUGUAUGUUUGUCCUUUCCUUAUUUACAUCGGAAAAGCACUUAAAGGGUUCACUGUGAAGAGAUGUACAUUAAUGGAUGUAUAGUUUACUCUGUGCCAGAGGAAAAACACAACAGUGUAAUACUUAUUGAUG